GUUACAAACACCCUAAGUAUCCUUACCGAAAAUCAAGGCAUUAAUAAAUUUAAUUAUGGCACCAAAGGCCUACUAAAAUAUCUAUUAGACUCAGCAAUAAGAAACUCUAAAAAUAAAUCAGGACACACAAAUAAAUUUGAUGAUGGAAUGAAACGAUUCUGGCUUUAUAUAUUCAUUAGCGCAGGAAGGAUGAGUUAUGAAAUAUUGCACUCAAAUUUAAAAAAUAUACUGCCUUCUGUCACAACUAUUCACAGACAACUAGAAGAAAUGAAUAAUAUAUUAGAGGGUGAAGUGAGAAUUGAAGACUUAAAACUUUAUUUACAAAAGAGAAAUUAUCCACCCAUAAUUUUUAUAUCCGAAGAUCAAACUGCACUCAUCAAAAAAGUCCAAUAUGAUUCAGCUUCAAAUCAAAUGGUUGGCUUUGUAGCACCUUUACAGGAACAGACGAGAUUUCCUCGCAUUAACAAAUUCCCAGUUGAUUCAGUUAGCGACAUUGAAAAUGCUUUUAAGAAUAAAACAUUAGCAAUAAAUGCAUAUAUUUUUAUGGCUCAGCCAUUAGUAGAUGGAUCACCCGCAUUUUGUAUAUCAAUAUUUGGCAGUGAUAAUAGAUUUACCUCAGAAGAUGUUUAUAAACGAUGGCAAUAUCUCAUAAAGGAAGCAGGAAAACAUGGAAUUACAAUUUUGGGCUUUUCAAGCGAUGGUGACACUCGGUGCUUAAAAAGUAUGAAAAUUAUAUCGAAAUUGUCAUUUACUUCAUUGAACCCUUACUCUCCCUAUUUUCAGGCGAAUUACAAUUUAGAAAAUCCAGCAGUUUUUCAAGACACUAUACAUAUAUCAACGAAGCUUAAGACUCGUUUAUUAAAUGAAAAUAUUUCUAUGAAUAUGGGAGGAAAACGAGUAUCUAUUGACAAUAUCCGGUACAUAAUUGAAAACUAUCCUAGAGAUAAACACUUAUUAUGCAAGAGCUUCCUUGAAUCUUCCGACAAAAUGAACUUCAAUGCAAUAGACAAGUUAAGUUCUGAACAUGUCACAAAUAUGCUUAAGGAAGUUCCCAACGCCGAAGCUACAAGGCAAUAUUUAAUACUGACUCGCAACAUAUUGGAUGCAUUCUUGUUAAAAGAAAUUAGUGUUGAAAGACGAGUAUACCUAAUUUGGUAUUCAACUUUUUUCAUGCGUAUUUGGAAAGCCUGGCUAAAAAAAAAUGGUGAAAAUAUCCAAAAGAAUUUUAUCACCACAAAUGCCUAUACAUGCAUAGAAAUAAACGCUCAUGGAAUUAUUUUAGUCAUUGAAAAACUUCGGCAAAAUGGAAUUUCAGAAGCUUUUCUUCCAUGGCUGUAUAGCAGUCAGCCAUGUGAAAAAGUAUUUAGAGAAACUCGGUCCAUGAGUAGCACAUUUUCAACUAUGAUAAAUUAUACACUGCUGGAUGUUUUAAGAAGAUUAAAACGUAUACAAGCUAUGCAUGAGAUAAGCACAGACUUAGGUCCCAAUUUUAGAUUCCCCAGGCAAGAAAACAAACGACUUGGAAAUAAUUCAAGUGUCUUUAAAGUAACUGAGUUUCCAUCAACUGAUGAAAUGAUUAACAUAAUUAAAAAGGCCCAAGAAGACGCACUAUCUGACGCUAAAAAAAUUGGGAUGGAAAUGAACAGGGAUUGUUGUAUAGAAAUUAAUUUACCGACUUGUGACAAUCCGGAAGAGCAAGAAGAGGUGCAGGGAAGUAUACUUAUCACUGAUACCAUUUUAAAGGAACAUGAGCCAGACCUCGAGCCAGACUUUUCUAAUGAAGACCGGGAGUUUCUUGAAUAUACCUCUACAUUUAAUAAUUAUGACUCUUUACAUUUGAGAGACUAUACGGGUCAAAAGAAAGCACAAAAAUCGUGUCUGUCAGUGACACUUAAAGACAAAAAAACACGAAUUAUAAAAAAAUCUACUCUAAUUUGGUUUUUUCAGGAAAAACAGGGUCGUUUAUCAACCGACAGACUGCUCCGGGUAAAGGGAAUGACAGUUAAAAAUACGCAUAAGGGGUUAUCAAAAAAAAAAACAGUUCAGGAAAAAGCCAGGCCAAGGACUUCAACCAGCAGGCAAUAUCAAAAAAAGAAAAAUGUUUCGUCAACCUCAUGAACGAGCUCAUAAAGAUAGUACAUCUGAAUCUCGAUCUGAAUCAGAUGAGAUUAGCUUAGAAAGUGAAACUUUGAGUGAAGAUUUCUCUGACUUAGAAGAUUGCCAUAACGAAAGUACAAAAAUGCCAGUAAUUCAGCUAGAAUCUUAUUAUGCUGUGUUUUAUGAUACACAAUGGUAUCUAGGGCGUGUCAUCAACAGCUACAGCUCAGAAAAGUUUAAAGUGAAAUUUUUACAACAAGACCUGGAUACUUUUAAGUGGCCCAAAAAAGAUGAUAUCCAAGAUGUUCACAAAGAGUUUAUAUUUUAUGGACCAGUUAGUCUAAGCGGAACUGAACCAUUUUCUUUAAAAAGAAAUGAUUUGAUUGCUAUUAAACAGAAAUACAAAACAAUCAAAUCCAUCAAAUCAUUAAAAAAUUAAACAUAUUUUUUUAUGUUAUUUAUUAUGUUAAUAAAGCUACUUUGCUUAAU